AUGGCAACUGAAAUGCCUGAAAGUGAAAAUCUUUUGAAUAGUGAAAAUCUUCUGAAUAGUUAUAAUUUUGGAUAUAACAAUAGUUAUACCUGUCAUUGUUUAUAUAACGAAAGAUGUGAUACUGUAACUAGUGUUUGUUGUUGUAAUUUUGGAUAUAGCAAUAGUUAUACCUGUCAUUGUUUAUAUAAUGAAAGAUGUGGUACUGUAACUAGUGUUUGUUGUAACGAAUAUUAUAAUAUUAUAUUUUCAGGUUGUAAUUUUGGAUAUAGAACUAGUUAUACUUGUCAUUGUUUAUAUACCGAAAGAUGUGAUGAUGUAACUAGUGUUUGUUGUAACGAAUGUUAUAAUGUUAUAUUUACAGGUUAUAAUUUUGGAUAUAGAAAUAGUUAUACUUGUCAUUGUUUAUAUAAUAAAAGAUGUGAUGCUGUAACUAGUGUUUGUUGUAACGAAUGUUAUAAUGUUAUAUUUACAGGUUAUAAUUUUGGAUUUAACAAUAGUUAUACCUGUCAUUGUUUAUAUAAUGAAAGAUGUGAUACUUCUCAGCUACAGUUUAUACAUGAAGCUAUUAUAGAAGGAAUUAAAAGAGGAGAUACUGCUAUGAAUAAAGAUAGAUUUGAGUAUGGUGCCAGUAAUGUUUCCUUUAAAAUGGGAAAUUCCACAUUGAAACAACAGUUCGAUUAUUUGAAAUCAGUACAGUGUAAUGAAGUGGCAGCCGAACAAAACAAACAAAUAAUAAGUGACAAAACCCAUUUAUAUAGAUAUUCGUCUUACACCUGUGAAAACAGUAUUUUAUUUGAAGAUCUUCAUAAAGUUCCCACAAGUGAUGUUUGGAAGGAAGUAUAUAAAACACAGAUUCCAGUUGUCGUGUUUAUUUUAGAUAGUACGGUCGGAUCUGAAAGAUUGUAUAACGAUUGCGUUGUUACAGCUACAUCAGAGAAUCUCAUAAAUGAUGAUCUAAAAAACACAUGCGUCACAAUUUCUUUCGUACAGGGACGCCCCGAGCAGCAAAUAAAUGCAAUAACAUUGAAUUUGGCUACGAGUUCAGCAACGAAAUCAAGAGCUUUAUAUAAAUGUGUUCAAGAAUUAUUAGUACAGUUAGAAGCUAUAUCUCAUAAUGAUUUCGAUCCAAUCAUACUUUUUUCAAGAAAAUUAAAAAGACGAGUUGUCUUUUCUUGA